UUUAAAAUUCCUAUCUAAUCAGCCAUUGGAAGCACGAGUAAUUGAGAAAGCAGUCAAACUUUGGACGUAAAAGAGUCUCCCACUAAUGCAUGCCCCACGUCAGUCACAAUCAUACCACGAGGGCGCAGCCAAACAUGAACUAGUAAUAUCCCAGUCAACUAAAUCCAGCCCAUCCCAGCCCCCCAUCUUCCCUCCAUAUUACUCAACCCUUAACUUUCGAAAUCAACCCAUUGCUCUCUCCCUUUUUCUCUCUCUCCAUAUGACACUCUUGAUCCUCUCACUCCACCGCAAGCCUCUCUCUAUUCUCUCUCCCCCAAGGUUUAUCGGCUCAUACGUAACGAAUUUUUAGUCUUCCAGUAACGAUAGUCGAUAGGCUACGUAACGUAACGGUUUUUAACCUAUCGGUAUCGUUGCAACCUCUGGUGAGAUAAAAAAAAAAAUUGCAUGCGUAUCAAUCGGUUUUGUUACAAAUCAGUCCGGCUGUUACGAUCGAUAGCAGUCCACCGGAAAAAUGGUAUGUAAAAAUUCAGCACCGCAGCAACCGAUUCUCAUUGCGUAUCGCAGGAUGCAAACAAUACCGUUAGAGCGUUACCGUUUUGUGUCCGGAUACGAUUGUUUAAAACCUUGUCUCCUCCUCCUCCUCCUCCUCUUCUCCGCCCUCCUCACCCCCUCCCUCUCCGCCACCCUCCCCGACUGCGACCACGCUUUCGCCUGCGGCUCCCUCCAAAACAUCACCUACCCCUUCACUGGCGGCGCCCGCCCCGCCUACUGCGGCCCGCCCGAGUUCCAACUCACCUGCGUAAACAACACCCACACCGAGUUAACCACAGACUCAGUCACCUACCGAGUCCUAUCCAUCAACCAAACCCUCAAAACCCUAACCCUAGCCCCGUCCGAAUUCUACAACACCACCUGCCCUGCCAAAUUCACUAACUCCACCCUCGAUUCCACCGUCUUCGCCUACGGAGACGGAAACCAAGACCUCACUUUAAGCUACGGGUGUUCCUCGCAGUCGCAGGUAUACACGUUUUACAACCGUUUCAGCUGCGAGUUGAGUGGGUUUAACUCGAGCGAUGCGUUUUACUUGGUGGGUCCGGUUCCGGUCGAUCCGAUACUGCAGGUGAUCGCCAGGUGUACUGUGACGGUGGGGUUGAAGCUUAACGGGGAUGCCGCGGGGCAGUUGACCGGGAACCAGACGACUCUUCGGGAGGCGUUGAUGAGCGGGUUUAAUGUGAGUUAUAGCGAUCCGUAUGAGCACCAGUGCUCGAAUUGCAGUUGGGUUGGGGGGAGAUGUGGGUUUGAUUCGAAUUCGAGCUUGCCUAUUUGUAUUUGUGGAGAUGUGCAGUGUGCUAUACCUACAAUAACACUAUCAAAUGAUUCAGGGACCAGUUCAUCAGGAAAAUCCCAAACACCGAAGAAUAUAGUUCUCUUCAUUGCGGGUGCUAUCCUCGCUGGUGUUGGCCUCGGAUGGGGUAUCUUUGCUUGCAAACAACGACGGAGAAAACGCCUCUCUGCUCAAUCUAGUCUAUCUGCCGGUCUAUCUGCUGGAACUACUAAAAGCAAAGAGAUUUCACCUCCUACUAUGAGCAAAGGCCUUGCUAUGGCCCCUUCAACUUAUUUCACCCGAAGCAUCCCCUCUUAUCCCUCCUCCAAGUUCUCUGACUUAGAAAAUGUGAGCACCUACUUUGGAGCUCAGGUGUUCGACUACACUGAACUUGAAGAAGCCACCGGCAAUUUUGACCGUUCAAGAGAACUUGGAGAUGGAGGCUUUGGCACCGUCUACUAUGGCCAACUGCAAGAUGGUCGCACAGUUGCAGUGAAGCGUCUGUACGAGAACAAUUUCAAGCGUGUAGAGCAAUUCAUGAAUGAAGUUGAGAUCCUCACUCGUUUAAGGCACGUGAACCUCGUACAACUCUACGGAUGCACAUCAAAACGAAGCCGAGAACUCCUCCUUGUAUACGAAUACAUCCCUAAUGGGACGGUGGCCGAUCACCUACACGGAAGACGGGCAAAUUCUGGUUUGCUUUCUUGGCCCGUCCGGUUGAGCGUUGCUGUGGAGACGGCUGGUGCUCUUGCCUACCUCCAUGCAUCAGAUAUCAUCCAUCGUGAUGUCAAAACCAACAACAUCCUUCUGGACAACGAUUUCCGUGUGAAAGUGGCGGAUUUCGGACUCUCUCGAUUGUUUCCAACUGAUGUCACCCAUGUGUCGACAGCCCCACAAGGUACUCCGGGAUAUGUGGACCCGGAGUACUACCAAUGCUACCAACUUACCGAGAAGAGCGACGUUUAUAGCUUUGGGGUGGUACUUAUUGAGCUCAUCUCGUCAAAACAAGCUGUUGACACCAAUAGGGAUAGGCACGAUAUCAACUUGUCCAAUAUGGCUGUAAACAAGAUUCAAAACCACGCGCUGCAUGAGUUGGUCGAUCCGUCUCUUGGGUUUGAAGCAAAUAAUUCGGUGAGGAGGAUGAUCACGUUGGUGGCGGAGCUAGCUUUCCGAUGCCUGCAAACGGAAAGGGAUAUGAGGCCUUCUAUGGGGGAAGUGUUGGAGGCCUUGAGAGGGAUAAAGAACGGAUCGAAUGCGCAAAAACCAGAGGUGGUGGACAUUGUUAUCGAGGAUGAGGUUGGGCUUCUGAAGGGGGGUCUUCCACCUACGUCGCCAGAUUCACAAAAGAAAUGGGUUAGAAGCAACUCUAGCACACCUAAUUCCAGUGGUUGACAUUUGACAAAAUCAUCAUUUUGGCAUGAAAGUUGAAAAAUGCAUAGGUAAGGGUAUUUACAACUCAGGGUGUUCGGACCAACUAUCGUAGACAUUAUAGUUGCAUCUGUUUUCCAUCCUUGUAAGUUUUUUGUUGCAUUUGGUUAGAGGAGAUAAAUGUGAGACGAUUUCGAUUGAUGCAAGUUCACGGAGAAUGUACAUAGUGAAAGGAUCUGUCAUCACACCGUAAUAAGUUAGAUGGAUUUAUGUUC